AGAUGAAGUUAUGGAACAAGUACAAGGUGACCAGCAUUCCCUCUCUGGUGUUCAUCGACGCUGCCACGGGGAAGGUGGUGUGUCGAAAUGGAUUGCUCGUAGUGAGGGAUGACCCAAAAGGCCUGGAGUUCCCCUGGGGGCCGAAGCCUUUUGCGGAGGUGGUGUCCGGGCCCUUACUCAGGAAUAACCGACAGACCACAGACAGCACUGCCCUGGAGGGAUCCUAUGUGGGGGUUUACUUCUCUGCACACUGGUGUCCACCUUGUCGCAGUCUAACCCGAGUGUUGGUGGAGUCGUACCGUAAAGUAAAAGAAACAGGGCAGAAAUUUGAGAUUGUGUUCGUCAGUGCAGAUAGGUCGGAGGAGUCGUUUACUCAGUAUUUCAGCGAGAUGCCAUGGUUAGCUGUGCCGUACUCAGACGAGGCCAGACGAUCAAGACUCAACAGACUCUAUGGCAUCCAAGGUAUCCCUACACUGAUUUUGCUGGACACAGAGGGCCACAUGAUCACGCGGCAGGGACGGGUGGAGAUUCUCAAUGACCCCGACUGUGGGCUCUUCCCAUGGCACCCGCGGCCUGUACUGGAGCUUAGCGAGUCCAAUGCUGUGCAGCUUCAUGAAGGACCCUGCCUGGUGCUGUUCGUAGAUGCUGAGGAGGAAGGAGAGCUGGAUCCGGCCAAAGAGCUCAUCCAGCCAAUCGCAGAAAAGAUCAUGGCUAAAUACAAAGCCAAGGAGGAGGAGACGCCACUGCUCUUUUUUGUAGCUGGAGAGGAUGAUAUGAGCGAUUCCCUGCGGGACUACACUAACCUGCCUGAGGCUGCACCUCUCCUCACCAUCCUGGACAUGUCGGCUCGCGCCAAAUACGUUAAAGAUGUUGAAGAGAUCACACCGGCUGUGGUAGAACAGUUUGUUAGUGACUUUCUAGCAGAAAAGCUCAAGCCAGAGCCCAUCUGAAGUCCUGGACUGCACUAAACCCUCCCACAGCCGUUACCCGAACCUCCAUCUGGCCCUUGGCCUCCAGGCGUGCACUCUCUUCUCUUCCUGUCAGACUGUUUGAACAGAAGCAUACUUUGUAUUGACAUUUUACUUCUUUUUAAACGUGCCCCUCCAUCACGAAGCGGCCGCCUCUUCCUGUGGUGCCUUGCAUUUACUACAGCGCUGAUGGUCAAAUGCAGAUCUCUACGUUGAUUGUCUUUGCCAUAACAUUUAGAUUAGAUCGAACCCUGCAGCUCCAAGUGAAUACCUUUUUUUUUUCAUCAAGUAUUUUCUUCUAUCCUUGGAUAUUGUUUUAAGAAUCAAGAGCUUAGAAUAAUUAUAGCUUGGUAGAUGUAUUAUUUUUCCACAGACACUGCACAUUUUCCAUUGUGUAUGUACGGCCGUGAUUCUCUUAUGGGUGCUGAUAAAUAUGCGUACAUGCUGAUGUUGAUAUCAUUGUAUAGAAGGCACUAUCUAUUCUUUGUGUAGCUGCCGCUGUUUAUUUUCAAUGCAGUUGUCUGGAAUCUGCCCACCUCCGUGUUUGAUAUUUGAUGUUGUCGGAUGACUGAUCUGUUCCCUACUCAAACAUGACAUUUUAGUGGAUUUUCUGUGAAGGUCCCCUGUAUUAAUGCAGUCUUAUGUUUUUGAAGGCACAAUAAACAGCAUCUAAUAGCAAGCUUCCCUUAUGAAAUGUAGCCAAUUAAAGCACACUGUCUGUUCUUGGUUGUGUUUGAACUGAUGUCAUAGCCAUUAAAAGUCACUGUUGAAAA